GGAGCUCGACGAGCUCGUUUGAAUGCGACACCGGGCUCUUUGUACCGGGAGGCGGGACUGAGAGCGCUGCAGUCGCGGGAAUGAAGGCGCUGGCGGUAUAGAGCCCAACAUGGAGUGUGUGAUUCUGGAUGCGCUCGAGGCUUUAGGAUACAAAGGCCCUCUUCUGGAUGAAGAUGCUCUUAAUAAAGCAGCAGAAUGUGGGCUGACUUCCCAAGAUUUCUGUGAGCUUUGUGUUUGGCUAAGUUCCAGAAUACAGCCAUUGUGUAACCUGGAAGAAAGCAUCUCCUCAACAGCUGGUGGUGAAGAUGUUGAAAGUUUACAACUAGAAAUGAGUGGCUUUUUAAAAGAACUGGCUUGUCCGUAUUCCACACUUGUGUCUGGAGAAAUUAAAGAUCGGUUAAAAAAGAAAGAAGAUUGUCUUAAAGUCUUGUUAUUUUUAAGCACAGAACUUCAGGCUUUGCAGAUAUUACAAUUUAAACAAUAUAAAGGUUCUCAUUUGGCAAAGAAUGAUGAAGUUCAUCAGGAAAUCCAAAUGAUCUGUGAUGCUUUAGGGGUACCAAAAUCGUCAGCAUCUUCUGAGAUUUAUUCUCUCCCUGUCUCGCUAAACAAUAUAGAGUCAAAGCUUAAGGAUGUUUUGUCAAAAGUUCCAAAAGCAUACCUGGAGAAACCUCUGCUAAAAACUCCUUUGAAUACAAAGCAAAUGAAGCAGUUGGAAAAAAUCAAUGAGGCUCUUCUCACUGAAUAUGAAUGCCGCAGGCGGAUGUUAAUGAAGCGUUUAGAUGUAACUGUACAGUCCUUUGGGUGGUCUGAUAGAGCUAAGGUGAAAACAGAUGAUAUUGCAAGGAUUUAUCAACCCAAACGUUACGGACUCACUUCUAAAUCAACAAUUUCAAUAGCUCAUCUUCUAGCUGCUCGUGAAGAUUUGUCAAAGAUCACAAGAACAAGCAGUGGAUCUACGCGGGAGAAGACUAUUUGUGCAAUCAAUAAGGUCUUAAUGGGAAGAGUACCAGAUCGCGGUGGAAGACCAACAGAAAUUGAUCCACCACCUCCUGAAAUGCCCCCAUGGCAGAAGAGACAGGAUGGGGGAGGAAGGGGAGGAAGAGGAGGUUGGGGAGGAGAUGGUGGACGAGGAAGGGGUGGAGGAAAUAGAGGCGGCGGUGGAUGGGGUGGGGACAGUGGGUGGGGUGGAGGGGGUGGAUGGGGUGGGAGUGGUAGAGGAGGGGGUGGGGGUGGAUGGAGGGGAGGGAGUGGAUAUCAAGGGAGGGGUGAUUAUAGUGGGAGAGGAGGAUAUGGUGAUUCAUAUGGUAGAAGAGGAGGUGGCUAUAGAAAAUACUAACAUCUUAAUGUUGACUGAUAUGCAUACUCUUGAGAGCAGGGUCUUGGAAUACAUUAUUGCUGCUGGGCAAAUGUGAUGCUUGAACUGCAUUAAUCUUCCUUACUGAUGAAUCCUAGUUGUUCCAUUCAUUCAAAACCACCUUAUACAAAAUUAAUUUUCACUUCAGGGAUGACGUCUGUCUAUCCAAGCAUAUGUACUCACACAUUUGUCAUUACCAGCAAUAUAUACAUGAAUGGAAGCAAUGACUGGUGGAAAACCUUCAGGUUGCAAAUACACAACAACAUUGUUAUGAACAAGUUUGAUGUACAAAUUUGAUGCUAAACAUGCAGGGUAUGUGGUGUUUUCUGUGCAGAACCCAUCUCUCUCUUAAAAGCGUGUGAAGUGUCCCUAAUUAUUUUUGGCUUGAUUUUUUUAGUUUCUUUGUUUCACAUUAUUGUUCAUCUGUUUUUUUUAUUUAUUUAACAAGGCUGCUGAAAAAGAUACGACCCUGAAAUUGAUAUUUGCCCCAUCCAGCCUUUCUGGCAUUUGCCCCAUCCAACCCUUUCAUUGGCAAAAUAUCAAGCAAAGGAAGAAGCAUUGGAUUUAGCUUAGUGAAGGUACAUGAGGUACUUCAAUCAAUAUAAUCUGCUAGGAGAUGCACUCAGAUCAGCACUGGUGUUCUGUUCAGGCGAUAAUACUCUAAUUUUGUGCCUGAGAACACAUAGAAUAUUUAAAGUUUCAUAGAAUAUAUUCUGCAUCCUAUCUCCACUAAAUUUUUCUAAAAGAAAGGCCAAAGCAGGCUUUCUUAAACAAGUGUUUUCUGUAGUUCUUGGUUUGGCCAAAGAUUAUGGUGCAUGUGUCUUUUGAAGUAUAUAGAUCAGCAGAAACAAGAAUCUUUUGACUGAUUAAUGGACCACAAUUUUUCCUGAUCUGAGUUGACUGCCAUGUCUCUUACAAUUCUGCCUAUUAAUUUUUCUUUAGGUUUCAAAUUCAUUGUUCUCCCGUUCCGAUUAUGUGUGCUUGUUUUUUAACUUUGACAACUUUAAGAAGUUGGAUCUCAAAUUCCAUGCAUACUAUGGAAUUCUGAGAGUUGAUGUCUCUGCAUCUUAAAGUUGCCAAGGUUAAGAAAUACUGAUGUACACUAAGGUAUUAUUCCAGAAAGUAUAUAGUAUUUUAACUGACAAAAAUGAAAAGCAAGACAUACUGUUCUCCUGAGCCAAAAGUGAAGAGAGAUUAUUUUUAAAUAGUUAAACCUGUAAUUGUUUAACAUUUCCUGACCCUCCCAAAUCAGAAAACAUUUCAAACUGUUAAGGAUAAUAAUAAUUUCUGGUAAUUGGUUAUAAUUUUGACAACCUCUAACAAUGCAAUAAAAAUCCAAUACCUUUUAUAUGUUUAAAUCUGAAUAGUGUAUUUUAUAGAACGUAAUGUUCUUAUAUAAAUAGUUUGUAUUAACAGUUAUCCAGUGUUGUGUUUCUGUUCAUAUACAUGGAACAUCUAUUGAAACAAAAUUAAUAGCUACCUAGAGAACAGUUUAAGUAAUAGAUCAUUUACAAUUGUGAACACUGAGAAAUAAAAUAUAAUAAAAGUU